AUGGCUCUUCAGCUCAUCGGUUAUAUUCUGUCCAUUACUGGAUUAUGUGGCCUCAUUAUAGGCACAUUUACGAAUGAAUGGGAAAUCCUUGGACAUGACAACGACAAGACUGUGAUUCUGGACAAAUACAAAGGACUGUGGAUGGAGUGCUCAGUGGACGGUUCGUCUCACGUGCGCUGCACAAGUUACAAUUCUCUUCUUCACCAGACCUUUGAAAUCCGGGUGGGCCGAGCAAUCAUGAUCAUCAGCAUCGUCUUUUCAAGCCUCGCCGCGCUGGUGGCCAUUUCUGGCCUCCGAUGUACAAGAUGUUUAGAAGAGAACGAGAAGUCGAAGGAUAGAGCUGCCUUCUUAGGAGGAAUCCUUUCUGCGUGCGGUGGUAUUCUUGCUUUGGGCAUAACCAGCUGGUUUAUAUAUGGAAUUGCUGUAGAUUUCUUUCAGAAUGACACAGUGACGGAGAGGUAUGUGGUCGGCAGAUCUCUGAUUGGUGCAUUUGUUGCAUCUGUGCUUUGUUUAUUCGGAGGCAUUCUCUUAUGCGCCUGCAGCGUGAUGCAUCUACAAUUCAACAAAAUUCUCAGCAAGCAUCCGGUCUCCAGGAAUCCUGAAAAAGACUAUGUUUAAUGAUCCUGAGACCAUCUGAAUACCUAUACUUCACCUGAAUGUCAGACACCGGUUAAAUGUUGUGUAUGUGCAUGAAAGAA